UUUAUUAGUGUCUGUGCUGCUGGCCAAAGCGGACGCGGCAAUUUACUUUCCAUCCGUUGUGUUUUAUUCCUGUUUCUCUCAACGCACUUUUGUACCGUGACUCUGGUGGCGGCUGUUGGUCGUUCGUGUUCAAUAAAUAUACAUUUUGCCUACUUUGUGCGCGAUUCUGACGUUCAAGCUAGUGACGUUUCGGUCCAAUUUUAGGCUGUGUUUUUGUGUCACGAAAAAUAAACCGUGCUCGGACUGAAUUUUCCCACUUUUCGAUGAAUAUUGUUUUUUUUUUGUUUGCCUGUGAGCUUGCGAGCGAAACUGUACUAAAGUGUAAUGGAGAAAAUCAAUCGUUUACUGGAGCUUUCGAACGUCGCUGAUAUAACGAAGAACUGUCAGAGGGUGAUGUGUUUUUGAUAAACAACUGCCCUGCGUAGUGACAAAAUUAACAGCAUCAGGUGUGAAAUUUAUUGGAAUUACCCGACAAGAGCUUCCGGACUGUGCAACCCAAAUAUCAAUAACUCGUGUGAAAAGCUGAACGGAAGUAGCAAAUUGGUUUAUCUUUUUCGACAGAGACCAUAAGAGAACAGACGAAGAUACUAGAUCAAACUGCAGUCUAAAACACUAACAUAUCACGGUAACCAGCAGUUAAUCAACGCCAUCCCACCCCCUCAAACCCGACUCUCUUAAAGGAAUGACAAUCGAAAUGGCAGGCCUUCCGACGUCGGAUAUUUGCGCAAACACAAAGCUUGCCCGGGAGAUGGCUGUCAUGGGGAACUACGAUUCGGCCGGGGUCUACUACAAGGGAGUGUUGGACACCCUUCAGCAGUUGCUGAUUAGCAUCUCGGAACCGAUGCGACGCGGCAAGUGGAUGAUGAUAAUGCAGGAAAUCAACAAAGAGUUCACCCAGAUGAAACUGAUCCAGCAAACACUGGCCGAAAUCACGAUGGACCUGCAGAAUGCACCGCUCCAGGCGAGGAUUCGGAAUACACUGCAGGAAACCGCCAACAAGGAUACGUCGAUCUGGCUUCGUGGCGAUCCGGAAGUUUGGCAACCAUCGCACCCGAGCCGCGAUCCGGACGUUUGGGGACCCCCACCGAUGCCAAUGGAUCACAACACCGGCGGCCGGACGCUGGCUUCACGCAACCAGACACGUUCCAGUACGGCGUUGAACCGAAAGGCCGAAGUCAACCGAAAGAAUGUGGCCACCAAAUCGACGACGGUCGCAGCCGGUAGAAAAGGAAUUGGCUCCAAUGGUCGAUCGACGGCGACCAACGGAAGGACGGGAACUCUGCCACGAAAUAAAGGCAAAGCAGCGGGAAAUGCUGCAACGGAUGCUGGCAGUGAGCUGGCUAACAACAAAGGAGAGAAAGGUGACAAAGAGAAAAAUGACGACGAAAGGGAAGAGCAGGAUAGUCCGGAGGAACCGGAGCGAAAGUUUGAACCCGCCAGUCACGGUGAUGUGGAUCUAGUCGACAUGCUGGAGCGUGAUAUUCUGCAGAAGAAUCCUAACAUCCACUGGGAUGACAUCGCGGAUUUGCACGAAGCGAAACGCCUGCUGGAGGAAGCCGUCGUUCUGCCAAUGUGGAUGCCAGAUUAUUUCAAAGGCAUUCGACGGCCUUGGAAAGGAGUUCUGAUGGUGGGACCGCCCGGCACGGGUAAAACUAUGCUCGCCAAAGCGGUGGCAACCGAGUGUGGAACCACGUUCUUCAAUGUGUCCUCUUCGACGCUAACCUCCAAAUAUCGCGGUGAAUCGGAGAAACUAGUCCGCCUUCUGUUCGAAAUGGCACGCUUCUACGCACCCAGCACCAUCUUCAUCGACGAGAUCGAUUCUCUCUGCUCGAGGCGUGGCUCCGAAUCGGAACACGAGGCUUCCCGUCGUGUGAAAUCCGAACUGCUAGUACAAAUGGACGGAGUCAGCAACGAUGAGGCGAGUAAAAUCGUAAUGGUCCUGGCGGCAACGAACUUCCCGUGGGACAUCGACGAGGCGCUGCGACGUCGGCUGGAGAAACGUAUCUACAUCCCACUGCCCAACAAGGAAGGCCGGGAGGCUUUGCUCAAAAUCAACCUGCGCGAAGUCAAGGUAGACGAAUCGGUCAAUUUAAACACGAUUGCAUCCCGGCUGGACGGUUAUUCCGGUGCGGACAUUACCAAUGUGUGUCGCGAUGCCAGUAUGAUGUCAAUGCGGAGGAAAAUUGCCGGCCUCAAACCGGAACAGAUCCGACAGCUGGCCAAGGAAGAGCUGGACCUGCCCGUUUCCAAUCAGGACUUCACCGAAGCGAUCGGCAAAUGCAACAAGAGUGUCUCGCGGGACGAUCUCAUCAAGUAUCAGCAGUGGAUGAAGGAGUUCGGUUCGUCGUGAUGUUGUUGAGUCUGAGCCAUCGAACCGGAAGUGAGUGAGUGGAUCAACGUGCAAUAUUCGCAAGUAACCCUGCCCCGCCCCCCAGCCAUCAUUUGAUUCAAAUCUUGUGUUUUAACAGUUUAUUUUGAGGCAUUUUUACACGAUCAUUUUUAAACAGUUUUCGAUUUUAAUCCUGUGGUGAAUCCUAUUUUCGAUUCGGUUGGUUUGGUCGGUAACCCAGCAAACCGAAUUCCUGAUUGUACUGUAACCGAAAUAUGUAUUCUAAUUUUUGGAAUGAUUGUUUUCUCUCUUCGCGUCUUACGUUUCUUUUCGAGAACCACCUCUAAUGCAUGUUUAGUUUAGUUGUCCUGCCAAUUGAGUCAUAUUUUGAUUUUUCUUAUCUGAGAUAGUUCUAUUGCAACAGGCCGCCCAUGAAUGGUAACAAAACUACGCGAGGAACGCUUCAAUUGCUCUAGUUUUGCGCAGUUUCUUCACAAUAUCAGUAGUUCAAGGUUGAAUAAAAUUAAUACUUUAAAAAUAUUGUAAAACUAGGAACACUGAAAAUGCAUCUUUGA